ACGGUCGAGCUUCGGCUGUUAAACUGUGAUCUGUGCGGUCGAGCUUCGCCUGACAAACACAGACGACAAAUUAUGCUGACAACUCACAAACUGUCAAAUGACUAAAUGAGAUUUGAAUUUUGAGUUACAUACGGAAUUCCUAACUAAUUCAAGGAACAAAAUGGUAUCCGUAAAACGUCCUAAAACACAAGUAGAAAAGGAACAUGUGAAAAAUGAAAAAAUCAAAAAAGCUAAAACUUCCGAGUUAAAAAAAACAAUACAAAAAUCAACAUCACCAUCACCGAGUAUUAAUAAAGUAAUAGAUAAAACUACUCCUACAAUAAAGAGAAUGAAAAAAUCGCAUUUUAAAAUGCCAUCAAAAGUAAUAACCGAUGAUCUUGUAUCGGCAUGUUUAGUUGCAUUAGAAAAAUUAACAACUCACUAUGACAAGAAAAAUGCUAUUUUUGGUGACGAAACACAAAUAUUCAUGGAGAUACGGUGUAUUAAAAUUCCAAAUACUAGAGCCAAUGCAAGAUUUUUUUUACCUCACACUACUGUGUCAACAACUGGAGAGGUGUGUCUGGUGACACCCGAUUUGAAGAAAGGAAGAAAGAUUGACCAUGAGCCUACUGUAGAACACUGGGAAGACUUGUUAAGAGCGGCUGGAGUUAAAUCUGUAAAAACUGUUCUACCUAUGAGGCAAUUGCGGGUGGAAUACGAUCAGUAUGAACUCAAACGUAGGCUGAUGACGCAGCAUGAUUUUAUUAUGGUCGACAACAGGAUAUUAAACCAUGUAUCGCACAUAUUAGGAAAGAUGUUCUUCAAAAAACCCAAUAUGCUAAUACCAGUGAAAAUAAAUGAAAAGAAAGAUUUGAAGAAGAACAUUGAUAUUGGUUUGCGCACAGUUACGUUGCGCAUAGCCGAGGGACAGACAUCAAUGGUUGUAGUGGGACACACAGCUAUGCCACCGAGUCAUAUAAAAGAAAAUAUUUUGGCAUUAGUAAAACAGUUAAAAGAUAAAUUUCCUGGAGGAGAGCAGAACAUAAGAUCGCUGUCAAUAAAAUUGCCGUUAUCAUUGUCACUACCACUAUAUCUUACGUUGAGGCCAGCAAACUCUGUUGCAGCCCCCAGAAUCAAGCAAAACAGGCCAAAAAGCUCUGUUAUAUAUGAAGAUGAACUUACAACUGAACCAGGAAGUAUUGUUCAGGUAGCUCCAGAUGGAACUGUCAAUUUGAAAAAACUAAACACAUCAAAACCUUCAAAAGAGGAGAGUGAGUUGGACAACGAGGAAGCAGAAAAUGAAGAUAUACUUUCUAGUGAUGAUGACAAUUGAAACAAUUUGAUUGUGAAAGAUUUUACUUCUAAAUAAAUGAAAAAUACUAUUAA